UAUAGAGCGCGAACGCGGCGGUGAAUCGUAUGGAGUUUUAAAUUUAUUCUUACAAAAAGUAAUAACUUAAUUGAAUUUCUUAAAAAAAAAUGUGUUACGAAAUAUGCCGAAAUAAAAAAUAAAAAAACAAAUAGUUGCACAUGCCGUUUUGUGCUUAUAUAUGUAUAUAUGUGUUUGUGCAAUAGUAAAAAUUACUGUAGAACCAAAUUAAGAUAACACAAUGUCUGAUGAAUUACUUAGUAGCAGUGCCAGCGAGGAGCCGACGGCACUUGUGCCCAACGCCAUUGCAGCAACCGACGGUGCAGCGGAUGUUUGUGACGAGGCCGAUUCUUAUCAAUCGGAAACGGAAAAGCCAGUACUACUGGAACUUGGCACCACGCCAAAACCAACGCUACUAAGUGUCAAUGCCGCAUCUGUUUACAGUUCGGAGUAUCCUUUAGAUAUGCAUAUGAAUGGAAAUGCAUAUUUAACGCACGCACAUUAUCAACCAUAUGCUGUGCAUUCGCCCGGCGAGCCUCACAUGCUGCCGAUGAUUGCUCAUCUCUCGCCACCACCGGUCUAUAGUAAUCCUUAUACUCAAUACGAAAGUCCACUUACUCCACCUACACCACCAUCGCCACCAAACUCGUUAUUACCACCACGUACCGUCGGUAACGGGAUAUCUACAGCUACACCUACCAGUUAUACUACGCAAAUACCACAGACAGUGAGCUCGUGGCCUGUGGCGACGGAUAUGAAAGGGAAAUCUUUGGCGGAAUUGGUACCACCUCCAAUUAGCAUCAGAUACCUUUCCGCACGUGAACACAUCAUUUCAAAAGAAACAAAUCCAUCUUGGAAGGAGAAGGCGUUGCAAUUGGAGAAAGAUUAUAAAAAGACUGCUUGUGAUAGAGAACGCACACGCAUGCGAGAUAUGAAUAGAGCGUUCGAUCUGCUGCGUUCCAAAUUGCCAAUUUCGAAGCCGAACGGCAAGAAAUAUUCAAAAAUUGAAAGUUUACGAAUUGCCAUUAACUACAUCAAUCACCUGCAACGGUGCCUUAAGGAAAUACCUAUUGAAUGCGAUGCGCCAACCCAAACCGGCGCCAAUCACGAAGUCAAUGCAGUGGACUAUGUUACCGACAUUAGCGCACGCGAGCGUAUGCCACCAUUUCGCUAUGAGAGCUCCAGGCAUUCGUUCAAAGAAAUAAAAAAAGAUUUGGAUGAAUCUCAGAGUGGUGGAUGGAGUGAUAGUCAGUAUUUGAGUGCGGAACAAGAGCAAUGGGAGCGAAAUUGAGUACGUACUAAUACUGUUAAGCGAAACUUCUGUUACAUGUUUAGUCUAAAA